GGUUGGGAGGUCACCAGGCUGUUCCAGGGUACGGCUCCUGGCACAGGGCUGGCACUACGGCAUGAGCACGUGGGGCUCCCGGGAUAGGGACCUGCGCCUUUUGGUCACCUCGGGUACCUGGUGAGUGUGAUGUCCCCAUCCUGUCCUGCAUCCCGCUUCAAGCACAGACCCUAGGGUGAGUUUUGGGGGGCACAGCGUGGGACAAGGGGUGUGGACAGCCGCAUGGCAGCCCGGAACAGCUCCGUGAGCUCGUCUUGGCUUGGAACAGCUUGGCACAGCUCAGCUCGGCUCAGCUUCGCUCCCGCAGCUCGGAAGGAGGUGAGUUAAGAAGCGCUCGGAAAAUCAGAGUCAGCUGCAAUCCUGGGGACAGCCGGGGCAGACCCACAGCCGCCGCCGGAGCUGCCGGAGCCCCACCUCGGCUCCCGGCGACCGGGGGGCUCAGCCCUGCCCGGGGGGCUCAGCCCUGCCCGGGGGCUGCCGCUGGCCCCCAGCCCUGCAGGGAUUAGGCUGAGCUGGGGGGGCUGAGCCGGGGGGGCCGGCGCAGGCAGCGUCACCCUCCUGGCUCCACCCCCCCAAAAUCGCAGGGGGCUUCGCUGUGACCCCGGCGCUGGGAUGGCAGCGGGACAGUCGGACCGCGGCGGGACGGCGGGACGGUUCCCAGCCGAGGUGGUGGCUGGAGUGCUCCGGGGGGAUCCAGCCAGGGCGUUUGCCAGUCGCUUUGUUGCUGCUGGGGGAUUUUUUAUUUUUUAUUUUUUUUUUUAGGAUUAUUAUUAUUUUGAAAGGGAGGGUGAGGAGAGGGGGCUGACACUGACUAUAAAGGCAGAGCUCCCUGGAGCAGCCGGCACUUCCCCACCACCAUGAGCACUCCCCGGGCCUGACAGCCGCAGCCUGCCCCCCUGUCGCCGGCUCAAGCUGCCCUCAAGUGUGGCUGUGUGUCCGAAGCUCGUGUUGGGAUGCUGUGAGCCCGGAGCCGCUCGUCGCCCUCCCACCACCCCUCACCGGCUCUGGCAGGAGCCGAGCCCACCAGCCGCUUGGAUGAUUUGAUUUCUUCCCUGUCCGACAUCACUCCUGCCCAGAUGCAGUGGAUAAUAUUCAUGUUGCUGUUAUUCAUCAGCUCCAUGGAAAUGCUCACGCAGAACCGGUGGAAGAAGCAAGCGAGUGCCGGCCUGCUGGAAAACUGCACGGGCUGCGUGCUGUGCUCUGAGGACAACGGCUGCAUCACCUGCCACCACCGGCUCUUCCUGCUUAUCUGGAGGGACGGCAUCCGCCAGUACGGGAUGUGCGUCCACACUUGUCCCCCAGGCUACUUUGGUGUGCGGGGUCUGGAGGUCAACAGAUGCACAAAGUGCAGGUCGCCCAGCUGCGAGAGCUGCUUCAGCAGAGACUUCUGCAUGAAGUGCAAGGACAAGUUUUACUUGUACAAGGGCCAGUGUUUUCGGCAGUGUCCCCCCGGCACUGCGGCGCAGCCCGGCACCCGCGAGUGCCAAGAGACGUGCGAGCCGGGGCCGUGGAGCGAGUGGAGCGCCUGUACCCACGAGAGCCGGACCUGCGGCUGCAAGUGGGGAGUGGAGACGCGGGUGCGGGAGGUGCCGGAGGCUGCCCAGGAGGAGGGGACUGCCUGCCCCGCGCUGCUGGAAACCAGGAGGUGCCGCAUGAAGAAGCACUGCCCGGGAGAGAAAACCGAACCCAAAAAUAAAGGCAAAAAGCGACAGAAGAAGCCGAAGACAGAAAGGCACACGAGCACCUAGCAGGCACCAGCAUGCCAACUGGGGUGUCAUGGGAGGAGCUCCCAGCCAGCUCCUGCCACGGUGCUCCAGUCACAUCAGCCCUGGUUUUCCAUCCACAAAAAAAAAAAAAAAGGAAAAAAAAACUGCACAAUUUUCUCUGCCCCCCCCAUCCCCCUUUUCUUUCGAGACAAUUUAUGGUCUGUAAAACAUUUCCUUUUCAGAAAAUCUAAUUUGCAAUAUCCAAAGCAAAGCCCUAGGGCUUGGGGAGGGGGUGGCUCUUUUAUUCUUCUGGUCUUCCCUCUCUCCUAGCCUGCUCCAUCCUUCCCUUCCUCCAGAUGGGUGGGAUAGGGUUAGACCAAGGUUGGACCCUGCUAAUGAAGCUGAUGCCUGCCUGGAUAGUGUUCCCCAGGGCUGGGAGAUGCCCUGGCUCCACAAGGUCCGAUUUUAUGGGACAGCUGGGGGGCACAGUGCUGCUCCAGGUGCUGGGUAGUGUCGCCAAUCCUCAGCCACAGGCAUGGGAAGCAGCAGAACUCCCGGGGUUGGGACCCCAGUGGGGACUGUGCCAUCGCUCAAAACAGUCCAGCCUGGUGCUCAGCAUCCCCACCAGCACAACCAAGGGCCAAAUCCUGCUCUCCUGAGUCUUGGAGAGCAGCUGGACCUCCAGACUGACAACCCUUCUGGGACCAUGCCAGCCCAGCACCAGCACCCUCAUGGGCCAAAUCCUGCUGCUCUCAGGCUCACAGAGAGGGUCAGAGAGCUUCUCUCCCAGCUGGAUGUGGGCACAGGAAUUUGGGGUGACCGCAGUGUAUUCGGUCUAGGACUGGGACACGCACAGUGCAAGUGCAAGCCCAGGCAGGGUGUGCUGCUGCAUGUCCAAACUGGGAUGUGUUGGAAACAGCGCUGCAACCCCCUCCCAGCCAUCACCAGGGCUUGCUGAGUUCCCUCCCAGCCAUCACCAGGGGUUGCUGAGUUCCCUCCCAGCCAUCACCGGGGGGUGCUGAGCCCAGGCCUGCCAGUCUGUCCCUCCCUGCCACGCUCUGUGUGUGUCCUCCGGCACAGAGAGCUCUAUCGGUAUAUACACCAUGUGUCUGCUUAAAUCCCUGCCCAGAGGCAGGCAGCUCUGCAUUUGGGGUUUGCCGGUGUCCGGACUCCCCGUCCCUGUCCCGAUCGUGAGCAGGGGGAGGCCGGGGCUGGCCGCGGGGUGUCGAGGCUGCGGGGGCUGCACAGAUCCUUCAGGACGGGAGCGCUGGGUGUCAGCAUCGAGCCAGCCCCAGAGCCGGCACAAAGCUGCCAGAACGGCUCCUCCGAUCGCUUCAUGACAAAUAAACGGAUUAAACCCCCGGC